GUUUAACUCAGCUUCAGCAGCACACAACGAGCGCGCUGCCUUACAUAACGGACGCGUUUAAUUUCAUCUCACACAUGAUAGGGAUAUCGUGAGAUAUUUUGUGGACACGGUCAUACACGGAGGGUGUUGCAGAAUGAACAGGGCUGUAGCCACCUGCUGGAUAUUUCUCUUGCUUUCAGCAUUCCUGUGCGACCAGGUGAUGUCCAAAGGUGGCAGAGGAGGGGCCAGGGGAUCAGCGAGGGGCAGUGCCCGAGGCGGCCGUGCAUCUCGCACCAGAGGUUCUCCAGCUGUGCGGGUGGCAGCGGCAGCAGCAGCUGGUGCUGUGGUGGCGCUGGGAGCUGGUGGAUGGUAUGCAUCAGCCCAACGUCGACCGGAUGACAGCUCAGAGAAUGGAGAUGAUUAUUACAGCAACAGAACAGACUGGGAGCUGUACCUUGCCAGGACAUCAAAUGCAAUAGUGCAUGACUCCUUAACCUCUAGAAUAUAUGCCCUGCUACUGCAAAUAAACUUUGUGAUGUACUUUGCUCCAUGAGAGAGAUUACAACAUUUCAAGAGUUUACACUUCCAAAUAAGUCAGAUAGAAUAGAUUGUAUAUGUAUUUGCGUGCUGUCCGAGGAGACUCUCCCCUGUAUUUUUGGUUAAGAAAGUAACCAGGCGAGUAUGAGAAGAUGGUGUGGGCAAGAAGAUAAAAACUGUCAAGAAGGAGGGAUGAGUUGACAGCUCAUCUAGAUGAUAAGAUGGACACACUGAUUUUUAGUCACAAUUUCGUAAUGAUUUAGUAAAUUAUUUGAUUUAAGUGUUCCUUUCGAACUUUGUUAAUAAAACAUCAUUUUGAGACAGCUUAAUAAGCUAUUAUCGUAAGUUACUGUGCAACAAAUUGAUCACACCUUUGUUUAAUAAUGUGUACUUUGUUGCACAAUAAAAAGAAUACACAGAUAAAAGUUUCAAAAUCACCGUAUUUAGUUAGGAAGUAGACUUGAAUAGGCUUUGAAAAGGUUAUUGUGCAUAGUUUGCUUCACUUAAAGCAUUAGUAAAUAUUUAACUAUGAAUUAUGCUGGUUACACCAUUCACUGGAAUGCAGAAAUACUGUAUUAAUGUUGUUCUGUUGCACUGUCCUUGUGUGUUUGAGAUUCACACAAAGACAUCUUUGUUCACCUCUGAUUAAUUUUCUCAUUAAAUGGAACUGUAAAAAUUAGUUUUCUAAUAAAAUCACUAUACAAGUUCUAUUUGCCAACAUUACAUAUUAAGAUACACUUAUUUUAGAAAUCAUGGCAAUUAUCAGAUACAUAGCAUAAAUA